CCCUGCUCGCCAGCGAAACGAUGGCGAUAUCUGUAUAUUCGAUCAUUCAGAUUUUCUCGCUGCUGCUGUAAGUAUGUCAAGUUUCAAGGACAAAGUUGUAAUAGUUACUGGCGCUAGUUCUGGCAUUGGAGCAGCCACAGCGGUGCAUUUGGCCAGUCUAGGAGGAUUGCUCACAAUUGUAGGUCGAAAUGUGGACAAGUUACAGGAGACAGCCGACAAUAUUGUGGCUGCCGGUGGAGCUCCAGCUUUGUUGGUCCAAGCGGAUAUGAACAACGAGUCGGAUGUUGAGGAAAUUGUUAAGGAGACACUAAAGAAGCAUGGUCGUGUUGAUGUGCUGGUUAACAAUGCUGGCAUAUUUGAGACAGGCACUAUAGAGAACACAUCUGUAGCUCAAUAUGAUCGUGUAAUGAACACAAACGUGCGAGCGCUUUAUCAACUGACUAUGUUGGCCACACCGGAACUCAUCAUGACAAAAGGCUGCAUUGUCAAUGUGUCCAGCGUCAAUGGUAUACGCUCUUUUCCUGGAGUGCUAGCCUACAAUGUAUCCAAGGCGGCUGUCGAUCAGUUUACACGCUGUGUAGCUUUAGAGCUUGCUCCAAAGGGUGUGCGCGUCAACUCUGUAAAUCCUGGUGUGAUCAUAACCGAUAUACACAAGCGCGGUGGCAUGGACGAGGCAACCUAUCAGAAGUUCCUGGAGCACUCAAGAACCACACAUGCCAUGGGUCGACCUGGCGAUGUUAAAGAGGUAGCUGCAGCUAUUGCUUUCCUGGCUAGCGAUGCGGCUAGUUUUACAACUGGCGUCAGUCUGGCCGUGGAUGGUGGCCGCCAUGCGAUGUGUCCUCGCUAAAAGGAAAUCUAAACAAAUAUUAGCUGGCAUUUACUAAAAGCAAUAAAUAAUAACAGAUGGUAUCGAAAAAACGCGCUCGUGAAAAGUUCCAUGU